AUGAGUUCCCCAGCAGGAGCACAAGAUGCUGCAACGGUAGUUGCGCCUCCUGCUCUCCAGGGUUCAACACAAGCACUCACAGAGUUCACGCUCUUUCCAAAACUUUGCAAGGAGGUAAGUGAAUUCCUAGAUCAUCCCACAUAGGCACGGACAAGUUGGGCGCUACAAAUUGCUUGCUGCACUACGAGUCUCUCAAAGAGCUAAGCUGAAAGUUCACGACUAGUUGCAACUCAUGAUAUGGGACGAGUUUAAGAGGAUUCCGCGGGUGAUUGAUGUCUCAACACGACACACCAAAAUAUAUGCAGGAACACCGAACGGCCGACCUCCUAAGCUAGAGUAUCAUGUUCGCAGUUUGGUGCCCAGCCCUCUCUCAAGCACAUGUCGAGAUUCACGAGAGAUGAUGAAGAACGAGGAACGCUGCGCCUGGGCAGAGUUGGGCCACGAUUUACCAGACCUUGGCAACUUCUACUUCCAUCCAAGCUCCGCUUUCCUGUUCAAUGCCGAACAACUCUGGCAUUUCUGCUGUUACCCAAUCCAGAGCAGCGCUUGGAUAGAAAACGAAAUAUUCAAGGCUACGGCAGUCAAAGUCCUCGCAAUCCGAAACCCGUUCGAAAAGCUUCUCAAAACUACGGCACGAUUGUCGAGAUGCCUGGCUUAUGAGAAUUUCUCGAGCUCCUUGGAUGCCUUCCUUGGUCUGGAGCGACUUAUUCUAAUCAGGCCUUCUUGGUUGAAGAAAGCCGAUCAAACGUACGAUGCUAGGCUCAAAAGAAGCGCCAACAAAAAACUUCUUGACCUAAAGCACAAGGUGGAAACGGAACCAUUGCCUUGGAAAGCUUCCGCAAAGGCUUACAAGAGAAUGUUGGAGAGUCAUCAAAACAUAGAUCUGACUAUGUCAUUGUGGUGGGAGAACCCCAAAGUGGAGAUUAUGAGCGAGGCAGAGUUUGCUUCUCUUUACUAG